GUCUUGGCAUCUUCUUCCGUUACUGAACUCCGUUUCCUCUCUCUCUCUCUCUCUAUCUUUGACCCUUCUUACCAAGUUUCUCUUUUCCCCUCCAUCUCCCCUCACUUUCUCAGCUACCAAACAAACAAAAUCUCUAAUGUCAACGACUACAGAACAAGGAAGCGAGUGGGAAGAAGUGAUACGGAAGAUGUUACCAGCAGGAGCACCGUUACCUGACGAAGAUCAUCUCGAUUACUCAAUCGCAGUAGAAUACGAAGGUCCGCCAAUUCCUUACGAAGUCCCUCGCAUCGACCCGUUGAAUCUUAAUUUACUCCCAACUCGGGCUUCUUCUCUCGUUUCUACUGAAGAAUCGAAAUCAAAAUCAAGCACUCCAGUUUCAAAAUUCACUAGAUUCAGUAACCAAAACGGUACCGCAAGAAGAUUUUAUCCAGCAAGAGUAGAGGUUGAUGAAGGAAAUCUUGAAAAAGAAGAGGAAAUUGAUAGAAGAGAUGAAGGAAGGCGGGGGAAUGCCGUUACGUUUAAUACGCCGAAAGAUUCGGAGACUGAGGAAGGGGAUGAGGAGGAUGAUGGAUAUUCCUCCACAGCGACGGAUGCUGAUUUAAGCAGUACAAGGAAAGGAGUGAGGAGGAGGAAGGGUGGCGUUUGUAGUAGGUGUGGAAAGAAGAAUAGAUGGAAGGAGAGGGAAUCGUGUUUGGCUUGUGAGAAGAGGUAUUGUAGUAAUUGUUUGUUGAAAGCGAUGGGAUCAAUGCCAGAAGGGAGGAAGUGUGUGAGUUGUAUUGGGAAGCCGAUUGAUGAAUCGAAGAGGUCGAUUUUAGGCAAGUGUUCGAGGAUUUUGGCGAGGGUUUGUAGUCCGCUGGAGGUUAGGCAGAUAAUGAAGGCUGAGAAGGAGUGUGCUGCGAAUCAGUUGAGACCGGAGCAGUUGAUUGUGAAUGGGAGGCAGUUGAGACAAGAGGAACUGGCUGAGGUUUUGGGGUGUGCGUUUCCGCCGCAGAAGUUGAAGCCUGGCAAGUAUUGGUAUGAUAAGGACUCGGGACUUUGGGGGAAGGAGGGAGAGAAACCAGAUAGAAUAAUUAGUUCCAAAUUGAAUGUUGGGGGUAAGCUUAGGCUGGAUGCUAGCAAUGGGAAUACAAAGGUUUACAUAAAUGGCCGUGAGAUUACCAAGACUGAGCUCAGAGUGUUGAAGCUUGCGAACGUACAGUGCCCCAAGGAUACUCAUUUCUGGUUGUAUGAUGAUGGAUCUUAUGAGGAAGAAGGCCAAAAUAAUAUAAAGGGAAACAUAUGGGGAAAGGCAUCUACUCGUUUCAUCUGUUCAUUAUUUUCAUUGCCUGUACCACCUGGAAAUCCUAACGGGCCAAAAGAAGAUCCUACUACCUUUUCAGGAAGGUCUGUGCCUGAGUAUUUGGAGCAAGGAAGGAUCCAUAAACUUCUGUUAUUCGGGUUAGAAGGAUCUGGAACAAGUACCAUUUUCAAGCAGGGCAAGUUUUUAUAUGGGAAUAGGUUCACCCCUGAAGAGUUGCAGGACAUCAAACUCAUGAUUCAAAGCAAUAUGUACAGAUAUCUUAGCAUAUUGCUUGAAGGACGAGAGAGGUUUGAAGAGGAGGAUCUGACGGAGAAGAGUACUGCUACAGUUAAUUCUGAAGAAUGUGCUUCAGGUGAAGGAGGCGAAACAAGUGAGAAAUGCAUCUACUCCAUUAACCAAAGGUUCAAGCAUUUUUCUGACUGGUUAUUAGAUAUCAUGGCAACGGGAGAUUUGGAUGCAUUUUUUCCUGCUGCAACACGAGAGUAUGCUCCUAUUGUGGAUGAGGUCUGGAAGGACCCUGCCAUUCAGGAAACGUACAAGAGAAGGGAAGAAUUGCAUCAUCUUCCUGUUGUUGCUAAAUAUUUCUUAGAUCGGACCAUUGAGAUAUCAAGCAAUGAAUAUGAACCUUCAGAGAAGGACAUUUUAUAUGCUGAAGGAGUCACACAGAACAACAGUCUUGCCUUCAUGGAAUUCACAUUUGAUGAUAGAAGUCCCAUGUCGGAGAUAUACAAUGAAAACUUUGACUGUACACCUCCCUUGACCAAGUACCAACUAAUUCGCAUAAAUUCAAAGGGAUUGCGUGAUGGUUGCAAAUGGCUGGAAAUGUUUGAAGAUGUGAGGGCAAUUAUCUUCUGUGUAGCCUUAAACGACUACGACCAGAUUUGGGCUCAUGGUACAGGUCCCCCUUGUAACAAAAUGAUUGCUAGUAGAGACUUGUUUGAGAGCCUGGUUAGGCACCCAUGUUUUAUGGACACCCCUUUCGUGCUUUUGCUGAACAAGUAUGAUGCAUUGGAGGAAAAGAUCAACCAGGUUCCUUUGUCAGCUUGCGAGUGGUUCGAGGACUUCCAGCCUUUGAAGCCCCAUAACAAUAGUCAAACCCUGGCGCAGCAAGCAUACUUUUAUGUGGCAGUGAAAUUCAAGGAAUUAUAUUUUUCACUUACUGGUCAGAAGCUGUUUGUAUGUCAGACCAGAGCUAGGGAACGUACUUCAGUGGACGAAGCAUUCAAGUACAUAAGGGAGGUCCUCAAAUGGGAUGAAGAAAAGCAUGAUAACGUGUAUGGAAUCCCUAUGGAUGACUCGUUUUAUAGCACAGAAAUGAGCUCCUCUCCAUUUAUCAGACAGGAAUAGGCAUCUCUGAGCCAGCAAUUUGAACUAGGAGAUUGCAGUGAGGUAAAUUUGAUAUUGCUGUGUGAUGUUAUUUGGAUCAAGGCCGAUUGAUUCAUACGAAGCCUCAAUCUGGUUUGGGGAGUUGAUGGUAUUCUUUGGGAGAGUUUAUCCAUUUGUACAGUGCCCUGUUAAUUAUGAGUAAAACCAGCUUUUGUGAAUCAAGUAACUGAUCGGAGCAAUGUUUUUGGCACUUUUUACCCUGAGAGCUUGUGAGUUUGUAUAUUCUUCCCUCUUAUUACUCAAAGGAGUUUCACUUCCAUGGGUUUGGUCAUCGAAAGAGAUAAUCUGUUGCAUGCA